AUGGCCGAUUUCCACCCCGAGCUGCAAGCAAAGCUUGACGACUUGCAACAUGAGUUAGAGGAGGGGGAUAUUACCGAGAAAGGAUUCCAGAAAAGACGAGCAUUGCUGCUCUCCCAGUACGGUUAUGGCGAACCCAGCGCUCCAACUCCCACCCCCGCCAUUCACGAACCUCCUCCCCCUCCUAGAUCUGGCCUUCGUCUUCACCAACCUGACGACAGCCCGCCGCAACAGCCCUACGACGGCCACCGAGCCUCUACGUACAAUUCUGUUGGCGGAAAUGGAUCCGACCCCGAUUCUCCAGCAUACCGGACGAAUUCAGCCUACGGUCCUCCACCGACAGGCUCACAUACCUCCGAGGUGUCGCCAGCUGGCCUCUUGCGCCCUGGCGGUCCCAUAGCUGAGCGACCUGUUCCCGUUCAGCGCGAUUCGCUUUUCCUGACGACGACGGCUGCGUCCAGCGAUGUCCCUUCUCGGAGUGAGACCAUGGUUUCCAAGGAUUAUGCCUUCAAUCCAGACCAGCAAGGCGCAUACAUGGAUGCGGGGCAACACCAUCAACAGCAGCAAUUCGACGGGAGGACUAGGACAUUGCAAGAUUCCCAAGGUUACUUCUCCGACUUUGCUGGUCAGCAGCAUUACGACCAGACUCAGCCUGGAGGUGACUAUGGGGCCCCUCAUAGAUACUCAUCUGGAGAGGCGUUCUCUCCCACGGCUGCCAUGCCCCCGCCGAUGCUCACGGCCGGUGACCUCCCUCCACCGGAAGCAUUAGAGUAUUUACGGCCUCUUGAGCCACGGGAGAUACCAUUUUCCAUCCGUGACCCGCACGAUCCCAAUAUUCUCAUGUCACAGUUCGACAACCUGGCUGCUGUCCUUCGCCAUCGCGCCAGAACCACAGCCAAGCUCCCUGCAUACUGGGUUUUGGAUAACAAAGGAAAGGAAAUCGCAUCCAUCACUUGGGACAAACUUGCCUCUAGGGCGGAAAAGGUUGCUCAAGUCAUAAGAGAUAAGAGCUCGCUAUAUCGUGGCGACCGAGUUGCUCUUGUGUACCGCGACAGCGAAAUCAUUGACUUUGCCAUUGCCUUGAUGGGCUGCUUCAUUGCGGGCGUGGUCGCUGUGCCAAUUAACGACUUGCAGGACUACCAACGUCUCAACUACAUCUUGACAUCGACUCAGGCACAUCUGGCCUUGACAACGGAUAAUAACCUAAAGGCGUUCCAGCGAGAUAUUACCGCGCAGAAGCUCACUUGGCCAAAGGGAGUCGAGUGGUGGAAGACGAAUGAGUUUGGAAGCUAUCACCCGAAAAAGAAGGAGGACAUACCCGCCUUGUCCGUUCCCGAUCUGGCCUACAUAGAAUUUUCCAGAGCUCCUACUGGGGACCUUAGAGGCGUCGUCAUGAGCCACCGCACGAUAAUGCACCAAAUGGCGUGUCUGAGUGCCGUCAUAUCAGACACUCCUGGGAACCGACCUGGAGACACCUUUAACCCUUCUUUGAGAGAUAAAAAUGGCCUUCUUAUUGGCGGCAAGAAGGCCGCUAGCGAGAUUCUACUCUCCUAUCUGGAGCCUCGUCAAGGCAUCGGUAUGAUUAUCGGCGUCUUACUGACUGUGUAUGGUGGGCACACUGCUGUUUGGUUUGACAACAAAGCCGUAGAUGUCCCGGGUCUUUACGCGCAUCUCAUUACGAGAUAUAAAGCAACUGUUCUGGUAGCGGACUAUCCUGGCCUGAAGCGAGCGGCGUAUAAUUACCAGCAAGAUCCGAUGACGACGCGAAAUUUCAAAAAGGGCAUGGAACCAAAUUUUCAAUCUGUCAAACUUUGUUUAAUUGAUACCCUUACUGUUGACGGAGAGUUCCACGAAGUCUUGGCUGAUAGGUGGCUGCGCCCGCUUAGAAAUGCACGAGCGCGCCAAGUUGUAGCGCCUAUGCUAUGCCUCCCCGAGCAUGGCGGUAUGGUGGUCAGUGUGCGGGAUUGGCUUGGCGGCGAAGAACGUAUGGGUGUAUCGCUCAAGCUAGAACGCGAGACAACUUCGGAUUCAGACAGUGACGACAACGACAAGACUGCCAAACCAGUUCCAUCGAAUGGAUUCGGUAGUUUGCUUGGCGGCGGCACGACAACCAAGACCGAAAAGAGCACAGGCAAUACAGAAAUGAAUGAGGUCCUCCUUGAUCGUGAAGCGCUUAAGACCAACGAGGUGGUUGUGAUGGCAUACGGCGCUGAAGUCGCCAAAAAGGCACCAAACGAGCCGGGAAUGGUAAGAGUCGGUACAUUUGGCUAUCCAAUUCCGGACGCUACUCUCGCUGUGGUUGAUCCCGAAACUGGUCUCCUAGCAUCUCCUCAUACCGUGGGUGAAAUCUGGGUUGAUUCUCCUUCCCUUAGUGGCGGGUUUUGGUCUCAGCCUAGGAGCACUGAGUUGAUCUUCCAUGCCCGGCCCUAUAAGUUCGAUCCUGGCGAUCCGACUCCGACACCGGUAGAACCGGAGUUCUUGCGCACCGGUCUUCUCGGCACCGUAAUCGAGGGCAAGAUAUUCAUCCUAGGUCUGUACGAAGAUCGCAUUCGACAGAAAGUGGAGUGGGUUGAACAUGGACAUGAGGUUGCCGAGUAUCGAUACUUCUUCGUUCAGCACAUGGUCGUAAGCAUUGUCAAGAAUGUCCCCAAGAUUUACGACUGCUCCGCGUUUGACGUAUUCGUCAAUGAUGAACAUCUGCCGGUAGUUGUUGUAGAAUCUGCCGCCGCUUCCACCGCACCUCUUACAUCCGGUGGCCCUCCACGACAGCCGGAUACCGCGUUGCUUGAUUCCCUGGCUGAGAGGUGUAUGGAGGUCCUGAUGGAGGAGCAUCAUCUCAGACUCUACUGUGUUAUGAUCACGGCUCCGAACUCACUACCCCGUGUUAUCAAGAACGGCAGACGCGAGAUUGGAAACAUGCUUUGCCGCCGAGAAUACGACCUUGGCAAUCUGCCUUGUGUUCAUGUCAAGUUUGGCGUCGAGCAUGCGGUACUUAACUUGCCGAUUGGUGUAGACCCGAUUGGAGGAAUUUGGUCACAAAUUGCUUCCGAAUCUCGAGCAAACAUUCUUGCUCCAGCAGAUAAACAAUAUUCGGGUAUCGACCGAAGGGAAGUUGUUAUUGACGACCGAACCUCUACGCCGCUCAACAAUUUUGCCUGUAUCACGGAUCUCAUUCAGUGGCGUGUGGCGCGGCAACCAGAAGAACUCUCGUAUUGCACGAUAGACGGCCGGGGAAGGGAAGGCAAGGGCAUAACCUGGCGCAAGUUUGAUCAAAGGGUCGCAGCUGUUGCCAUGUAUUUGAAGAACAAGGUCAAGGUGCGACCAGGGGACCACGUUGUCCUCAUGUAUACCCACUCCGAAGAGUUUGUCUUUGCUACUCACGGUUGUAUCAACCUGGGUGCUGUUGUCAUACCCAUGGCACCACUCGACCAAAAUCGCCUGAAUGAAGAUGUCCCUGCAUUCCUUCACAUUGUUGCCGACUACAAUGUCAAGGCUGUCUUGGUCAACCACGAGGUGGACCACUUGCUGAAGCUCAAGCCUGUUUCGAGCCACCUGAAGCAAUCUGCCCAGAUUCUCAAGAUUGCCACUCCUAAUGUCUACAACACCACGAAGCCUCCAAAACAAAACAGCGGCCUUCGUGAUUUAGGUUUGACUAUUGACCCUGCUUGGGUUCGCCCAGGAUAUCCUGUUGUUAUUUGGACAUAUUGGACACCGGACCAGCGGAGGAUAGCUGUUCAGCUGGGACAUGAUACCAUUAUGGGCAUGUGCAAAGUCCAAAAGGAGACAUGCCAGAUGACAAGCUCACGCCCAGUUCUCGGUUGUGUGCGAAGUACCACUGGGCUCGGCUUUGUUCACACCUGUCUCAUGGGUAUCUACAUUGGUACCCCGACGUACCUACUAUCUCCAGUCGAAUUUGCCCAAAACCCCAUGUCCCUGUUUGUCACAUUAUCCAGAUACAAGAUUAAGGAUACGUAUGCAACUCCGCAGAUGCUGGAUCACGCCAUGGCAUCGAUGCAUGCAAAGGGCUUUACGUUGCACGAACUGAAGAACAUGAUGAUCACAUCCGAUAGCCGUCCUCGAGUAGAUGUUUUCCAAAAGGUACGGAUGCAUUUUGCGCCGGCCGGACUUGAUAGGACAGCGAUCAACACGGUCUAUUCCCAUGUUCUAAACCCGAUGAUUGCAUCGAGAUCAUACAUGUGCAUCGAGCCUAUUGAGAUUUGGCUCGACACCAAAGCACUCCGCCGAGGUCUGGUUGUGCCGGUUGAUCCCGAGGCUGAGCCUAAGGCUCUGCUUGUACAAGACUCUGGCAUGGUUCCAGUUUCGACGCAAAUUGCAAUUGUAAACCCAGAGAAUCGCAUGCAUUGCUAUGAUGGAGAAUAUGGUGAGAUUUGGGUUGACUCUGAGGCUUGCGUGAAGUCGUUCUACGGAUCAAAGGAUGCAUUUGACGCAGAGAGAUUUGACGGACGCACGGUCGAUGGUGAUCCGGGCGUGGCCUACGUGCGUACGGGUGACUUGGGAUUUCUUCAUAAUGUUAGCCGGCCUAUUGGGCCAGGCGGAGCCUUGGUUGAUAUGCAGGUGCUCUUUGUACUGGGCAGCAUUGGCGAGACGUUUGAGAUCAAUGGGCUUAGCCAUUUCCCAAUGGAUAUUGAGACCUCGGUCGAGCGUUCUCACCGAAACAUUGUCCCAGGUGGCUGCGCUGUGUUCCAGGCUGGUGGCCUGGUUGUCGUCCUCGUCGAAGUCAGUCGAAAGCCUUACUUGGCCUCCAUUGUACCAGUUAUCGUCAAUGCAAUUUUGAACGAGCAUCAAAUCAUUGUUGAUAUUGUGGCCUUUGUUAGCAGAGGCGACUUCCCUCGCUCACGACUUGGCGAGAAGCAACGUGGUAAGAUUCUCGCAGGAUGGGUUACACGGAAGUUGCGCACACUGGCUCAAUUCGCUAUCCGUGACCUCGACGCCUCCGCUAUGGGCGAAGCUGGUAGCGGUAGCGGCACUGGCGACCUAGGGGAUGCCAAUCGAAUGUCCACAGGAAGCAUUCGUAGUUCAGGGGUUCCCGCCGGGGCGUCGAGCCUAAGAAAUGUCGAACACGCGCCGCAAAUUUUGGAGCAGGAAGAGUUUGAUGUCCAGAUGAAUCGCAUGUCGCACAUGCCGCCUCCCCCAGCCCCUGGAACCGCAUCCACAACAACUCAUGACGAUCAAGUGACACCAACGGGAUACUCUCAGGACAAGUCAUCAAAUGCACAAAGUCAAGGGACCAUGAACCGCGACUCUGGAGGACAGCAGGGGUAUUUUGGCAAUACACAACGAUACGGCGACGAGUAUGAAGACGAUGAACCUCCAACUGUUGGGCCUAAGCCGAGCUCUUCGGCUCCAGAGAAUGCACCAUCAGCUCCAAAGAUAAGAAUGACGUUGCCUGGUGUAGACGGCCGAGAGGGGUUCCAAUUCUGGGACGGCCCUCAGGCAGAAGAUGACGAGACGGACUGGACGGCUGAUGCAAUAAUGCACAUGAAUCUUGCUGGGGACAUGAACCCCAGAUGA